AUGGCACCGCGACACUUGGUCGCAGGCAAGACUUUUGCGGAAGCGAGCCGGCUGCUUGAUGAAGGUGUCGUCGAGUACUUGUGCUCCGUCAUUCAGAUGUCUGUUGGAAGAAUCUUCACGCUCGAUAUCAAUGUCGCCGAGAUGUUGGAGCACGCGACGCCAGAGACCGUUCCGUCGUUGCAGUGUCUCUUUGAGGAGAUAUUGCUCAAUCCGGACUACACAAAGAUGUGGUGGAAUCCGCAAAAGGACAUCGAGGUUAUGGAUAACACCAUCGCACACUUUUUUCAAGGGACUGCUCGACCGCCGUACACACACUCGACGUACUAUGGUGACAGAACGUGUCACAUCAAGCCAAGGUUUCAUAUCAAGAGCCCAUUCUUCAAUGGCACACGACCUCGGCAUCUGUGCUUCCCUACGCUUCCUAGGGAAGAUCAGAACUGCGACCUGCACGUGCCCGGCAACAAUGACAAAGGCAUGUCAUGCCCUUGCUCAUUGGGCUGCAUUGACAUUGCCGCUUUCAUGGGUCAUCUAUGUCGGCUACAAGGCCUGCCAGUCGAAAAGUUGCCUUGGACGCAAUGCAGACAUGGCAUAGGCUAUGAGAAAUUUCUUUCCGACAUGCUAAAGCAUGACCGGAUUGGCCCGCUUGUGCACAAGUUGAGGGGUACGAAGAGUUUGGAACACUACCAGAGGCUUGGUCGGCGAGGUCUUGAGCAAGAUACUGAAGUUCAAGGAUACAGCACGAUCGAUGUUGUCGGCAUCGCAGCUGUCAUCGACAACAUAAUCACAUCCGACGAUGCUCAGUUCGUUGCUGGACUGCUUGCUGAAUACUGCUACAUGCAGAAAUCGCACACACCAGGUUUCUCUGUGCCUCGCAAGAUUGCUCAACGUCAGUCUCUACUCGGCCCUUGCGGCAUUAUCUCGACAUUCGAAGACAACCCGCGGCUCUAUGUGCGAAAGGCGUUCAAGGAGUCCACCAUCAGCCAGCUACCGUCUAUGCUCACGUCUGACUGGAGUGUCUGUUUGUCACAGCAAGCUUGA